GGUCAAUGACGGUCAGGACGUCAACCAAGAGAGGCAGAAGAAUGAGGGAUGCUUCAGAGCCUGGAUUGAGAAGUGGAUGGGGAGGAGGAAGGAGGAAAGACUGAGGGAUGAAGAUGUGAAUAGGGAAGACAAAGGGAGGAUGGGCGAAGAGGUGAGGGCACUGAUCCAAGUGAUGAAGAGAAACUGCAGUGAACGUGAUCUUGAGGCAGUAAACCUGGACACUUGGCUGAAUGACUUGGAAAGGUUGAAAGUGGCCUUCAAGAAAUGCACUGGAGAGAUGGCCAAAAUGAGCCCAGGGAAAGUCUCUGGUCCUGUGUCUGGCCUCUCUCCUCUUGUGACCUCAGGACCCCGGACCCUGGCUGAAGCCCUACGGGCCCUGCCCUCUGCUGUGGCCCGUCCCUCCCAAAAGGAUGUCCCAAAGCCUCCGACACCUCCAAGCCCCGUCUCUGUCAUUGUUGCUUUGCCUGCUGUGGAGUACUUACCAUACCACCGCAGCCCUCGCCUGGCCCCAAUCACCAACCUGAGUGAGAACGGCAGGAAGCUGCUCCAGAAAAUGUCAGGAGUGACCCCACAGGAAGGGAAGGUCAAAAGGAAAAAGAGCAAGGGAAAAAAGCAAGUGAAGAAAGAGAAGGCCAGCAAGAUGCAGCAGGUGGAAAAUGUUGGAGAAAGUAAGGAGGACAAGAAAGAGGAAAAGAAGAGUCUGAGGAAGAGGUUUCUCCAGUGGCUGCUGCCCAAACUGAGAUGUUCGAAGAAAUAAUGGCCUACUACUACAACACACACACACACACACACUCGAACUUCAGAGCUAUAGCGGCUUAUAACCACACUGACAUAAUAAAAUGU